UUAUGAAUGAGAGAUCCACUUGUACCAGGAGAUAUGGCAUUCCAACCGUUUUUAACAAACACUGCUUCGGAUUUCACCCUCGACGCAAUGCUGGCCCGACAACCUCCGUUUUUUCCUGCCAUUGCAUUAACUUCCCACGGGUCUCUUCACUUGCCUGUUGCGCAAAGGCAUCCCAUGCUGGAUCCGGUCAAUGCUGAAACUAUCCUCCGCAAAGCCUCGCUGGAACAGCAUAAUGCAACCCAGUCUGCCAAGCUCAGUCCUCCUAAAACGCUGGAGACGGAAGCCACGGAGGAUGAUCCAAAAGUUCACUUGGAGACAAGGCACCUUUGGACACAAUUCCACAAAUUCGGCACUGAAAUGGUCAUAACAAAAUCAGGAAGGCGCAUGUUUCCACCGUUUAAAGCAAGAUGUACUGGCUUGAACCAAAGGGCAAAAUAUAUUUUGCUGAUGGACAUUGUGGCGGCCGACGACUUCAGGUACAAGUUUCACAACUCCCGUUGGAUGGUGUCAGGAAAGGCAGAUCCUGAAAUGCCAAAGAGGAUGUACAUACACCCAGACAGUCCCGCUUCUGGCGAGCAAUGGAUGUCAAAAGUGGUCAAUUUUCAUAAACUAAAAUUGACAAACAACAUCUCGGACAAGCAUGGGUUUACGAUUCUUAACUCAAUGCACAAAUACCAGCCCAGGUUUCACGUUGUGAGGGCCAAUGAUAUCCUCAAACUACCUUAUAGCACGUUCAGGACCUAUGUCUUUUCUGAGACAGAAUUCAUUGCUGUAACUGCAUACCAAAACGAUAAGAUCACACAAAUGAAAAUUGAUAACAAUCCUUUCGCCAAAGGAUUCCGUGACACUGGCAAUGGUAGAAGAGAAAAAAAGAAACAAUUGGGGAUAAAUAUACAAAAGUUCAGUGAAACCUCUGGUGACUCUUUGGAUGAGGCUCCACUGAAAAGCGCAGGAAAUGCAAAAUCAAUCGAGGGCUGCCAAAGUGACAGUGAAAGCGGUCAAGAAAGCAAACAUUGGAAUAAUGUUGGACAAGACUUGCGAAAAAUCUCAACCACCACAAAGGAACUGAAACCUGAGCCAAAUAUUACCACAUUCCACGACAAAGCGGACAGGGCUUCAACGGACUCACUUAGGACCGAAACAGACUCAAAGGAUCCAAAACAGGACCAUAUAAACGCCAUAACUGGUGGUAUGACACGUUGCUUUGGAGCAGAGGAUCCGAGGGCAACAGAACACUUCCAGCCUUUAACCGUGGAAACGGACCAAAGCGCUCACAUCACAGGCCUAGGACGCAACAAGUUUUCACACUGCUAUUCUUAUCCACCGGAUUGGACAAGAUAUAUUCUCAACCCCUUGGGUGUCACUCACCGUCUCCUACACAAUGCCCAAGUAAACAUGCAGGGAGAAACUUUAUCCAGUGUAGCAGCAACAGCAAUGGGGCACAUGCUGAUGGCUGUGUCAUCUGACGGAGUGUGCACCAUGGGCACGGCUGGUAUCCCAGUAUCUUCUGUACAAAGAGUGUCAGGAACGUCAGGAUUACCCUUGAACUUUCAGCAGCAUGCUAUGGCAUCGCAGGGCCUCGCGGUUUCUCCUUUUGGUGCUAUUUUCCCCUAUCCCUACUCCUAUUUGGCCGCAACGGCUGCUCUCUCCACCACAGCAUCAACCCCAGUGCAUCGCCGCCCAGCAACCCCAGUGCAUCGCCGCCCAGUAACCCCAGCGCAUCGCCGCCCAGCAACCCCAGCGCAUCGCCGCCCAGUAACCCCAGUGCAUCGCCGCCCAGUGCGCCCUCCUACCCGGUUCAGACCAUACUCCAUUCCCAAUAGCGUAGGCCUACCAGACAACUGUUCGACGCCCCCGACAUCUAUUCACCUUAUGACUGAUAGAGACGUGAAUUGUCACACUAUUGCAAAUAGUCCGAUUGACAUAGGCCUACAGUCCAAUGGAGCAGCAGAGGUAGACAGCGAUUCCUCGCUACAGGGUUCUGGUGCGUUAGCGGCAAAACGCUUAUCCAACAAGGAUUGCAUGGAUCAGCUCCAAUGUAUACAACAGUUGGUCAGAGGUAUAGACUCCUAUCAAGACAGAGACUCAUAUUCCUAGGUCAUAAAUCUAACAAACUGAUUAAAAUUGAGCUAUUUUUUCUCAUAGCCUGAUGAAUGAAGAUAGAGGUGUUUGCUAUCAUACCAAAUGGCAUUUUCACAUUUCUAAUGCUGAAUGUAUGCAUAAUAGAUAACAUUGUUUGAGUCUGUGAAUUAUGGUUGCGCUUGUGUGUUGAUGAUACUAUAAUUUGUUCACUGAUGGCACUGAAGUUUAUUUGCAAUAAAUCACCAAUGCAAUAAAUCACCAAAGCACGUGUGUAGUUCAAAUAUUAUUUAUUUCGUGUUCUUGACAAAAUAGUUAAGGAAAUUUUGAAAAUUCCUUUUAAAUACCCAUUCAUUUUUUUAUGGAGGAAUGUUUUUGCUGACUUGUUAAACAUUGAAAAGUCAAUGGCGUGGCUUCGGUCAGUUAAUCAAUAUAUUUUGCAGUUUCAGUAAGACAAUACUGUCAACAUAACCAUUUCAUGUCGUGAUGUGUGUUUUGUUCUAUUAUUUUAUUUUUUUAAUGUAUUUUAUCUUUAAUCCCAGCCCCCGACCACGCAGGAGGCCUUUUGCCUUUUGGUAGGCGUUAUUGUAAAUACGAAUUUGUUCUUAACUGACUUGCCUAGUUAAAUAAAGGUCAAAUAAAAUAAAAAUAAAAAAUGUAGCUAUUUUUAUUUGCUGUAAUUAUGUGCAUGCGUUGUAGAUCAAAAUAAAUUGUCACAAUAUUUUUGGGGAAAAUCUUGUAUGCCUAUCAUUUAUUAUAACCCAUUAUAUGCCUACAAAGCUCUUUGUUAUAACAUGUUUGUUCAUUUGAAUAACUGCUCUUGAAUGCGUGUUAUAAACUCAACAAAAUAAUGUUAAACGAAAUA